AUGGGAUUAGGUCGGUCCAACUUGUUCGCGAAUCGUGAUCAACCAGGCGGUACAUGCCAGCGUCGCCCCCUCUCACUCCAGCUCGUUCGACUUCGAGAAUUCGAAAAGGAAGCGAAAAGUCGUGUCGUGUCGUUGCUUUUUUUUGCGUCCUUCCCUGUCCUGUCCUGUCCUCUUCGCUCAAUUGGACUUUGCAUCCGCUUCUCGCUUGGACUUUUGUUUUUAAGUGGUCCCCCCCCCCUAAUCCACUCCUCUCUGCGAAUCUCAUCGGCAACCCUCAAGAUCCCAUUCCCAUUCCCAACAAUGGCAGAAGAAAUCCGCGCCACGUCCUACGUCGGCUUCGACAGCAUCACCCAGCAGAUCGAGCAUAAACUGCUCAAGCGCGGGUUUCAGUUUAAUGUUAUUGUCGUUGGCCAAACAGGGUUGGGCAAGUCGACGCUGAUCAACACCAUUUUCGCGUCGCACCUUAUUGAUUCCAAGGGGCGGCUUGCGGCUGAUGAGCCGGUUAGGCAGACGACGGAGAUUCAGGCUGUUUCGCAUGUUAUUGUUGAGAAUGGUGUGAAGCUUAGGCUUAACAUUGUUGAUACCCCUGGGUACGGAGACCAGAUCAACAACGAGGGAUGCUGGGACCCCAUCAUCAAAUACAUCAAAGACCAACACUCGGCGUACCUCCGCAAAGAGCUGACAGCGCAGAGGGACCCGUACAUCCAAGACACGCGGAUCCACUGCUGCUUGUACUUUUUCAAUCCGACGGGACACUCGCUGCGCCCGAUUGAUGUGAUUGUGAUGAAGAAGCUUAGUGAGGUUGUGAAUGUUGUGCCUGUUAUUGCGAAGAGUGAUAGUUUGACGUUGGAGGAGAGGGAGAGUUUUAAGGCUAAGAUCAGGGAAGAGUUGGUUUAUCAUAAUAUCCGCCUUUAUCCCUUUGACACGGAUGAGGACGAUGAAGAGGAAGUCCACUUGAACGAGUCAAUCAGGCAAAUCGUCCCCUUCGCCGUCGUCGGCUCGGAAAGCAACGUCAUCAUCGACGGGAAAUCCGUACGAGGGCGCAAGAACCGAUGGGGAGUAGUGAACGUUGAAGACCCGGAACAUUGUGAAUUUGUGCAUUUGAGGAAUUUUUUGACGAGGACGCAUUUGCAGGAUUUGAUUGAGACGACUGCGAGGAUACAUUAUGAGGCGUUUAGGUCGAAGCAGCUGCUUGCGUUGAAGGAGGGUGCGGCGAGGGGGCCUGCUGCUGCUCAGUAG